CGGCCGCUCCCCGCGGCCAGUGGAUGGGGGUGUCCAGCUGAGCCCCGCGAUCCGCCUCCCUCCUCCAGGACCCGCACAGAUAAACGAAUCCGGAACAUUGCAGUUGUCCUGUUGCUGUGCAAGAAUGGAGGCCCCACUGGUGAGUUUGGAUGAAGAAUUUGAGGACCUUCGGCCCUGCUGCUCAGAGGACCCAGAAGAGAAGCCACGGUGUUUCUACGGCUCAUCUCCCCACCAUCUAGAGGACCCCUCCCUCUCUGAGCUUGAGAAUUUUUCUUCUGAAAUAAUCAGCUUCAAGUCCAUGGAGGACCUGGUGAAUGAAUUUGAUGAGAAGCUCAAUGUCUGCUUUCGGAACUACAACGCCAAGACCGAGAACCUAGCUCCCGUGAAGAACCAGUUCCAGAUCCAAGAGGAGGAGGAGACCCUGCAAGAUGAAGAGGUUUGGGAUGCUCUGACAGACAAUUACAUCCCUUCACUCUCAGAAGACUGGAGGGACCCAAACGUGGAGGCUCUGAAUGGCAACAGCUCUGAAACUGAGAUCCAUGAGAAAGGAGAGGAAGAGUUCAAUGAGAAGAGUGAACAUUACUCUGGAAUCAAUGAGGAGCCUCUGCUCACAGCAGAUCAGGUGAUUGAGGAGAUUGAGGAAAUGAUGCAGAACUCCCCAGACCCUGAGGAGGAAGGGGAGGUUCUAGAAGAGGAGGAUGGGGGAGAAACCGCCUCCCAGGCGGACUUGGUCCUCCUGCAGGAGAUGCAGGCCUUGACCCAGACCUUCAACAACAACUGGUCCUACGAAGGACUGAGGCACAUGUCUGGGUCUGAGCUGACAGAGCUGCUGGACCAGGUGGAGGGCGCCAUCCGAGACUUUUCAGAGGAGCUGGUGCAGCAGCUGGCCCGCCGGGACGAGCUGGAGUUCGAGAAGGAAGUGAAGAACUCCUUCAUCACGGUGCUCAUCGAGGUACAGAACAAACAGAAAGAGCAGCGAGAACUGAUGAAGAAGAGGCGGAAAGAGAAAGGGCUGAGCCUGCAGAGCGGCCGGAUAGAGAAGGGAAGCCACAUGCCUCUCAAGCGCUUCAGCAUGGAAGGCAUCUCCAACAUCCUGCAGAGCGGCAUCCGCCAGACUUUUGGCCCCUCAGGAGCUGACAAGCAGUACCUGAACACCGUCAUCCCUUACGAGAAGAAGGCCUCGCCCCCGUCGGUGGAAGAUCUCCAGAUGCUGACAAACAUUCUCUUUGCCAUGAAGGAGGAUAAUGAGAAGGUGCCCACUUUGCUGACGGACUACAUUUUAAAAGUGCUCUGUCCCACCUAACCUUGCCCUUGGGAGCAGCCUUGCUGCGGAGGUCACUGAGCAAGAGUCAUCCCACCGCAGGGACUGCAUGACACCACGUAGCCUCCGCCGUGUAUUUAAACGUGUAUAGCUUAACCUGGAUUAAACAUGAGCAAAUGCGCAGGGUCCUUUGCUGUUGGCUUCUAGUCCUAGUAACCAUUGGAUGCAUGACCGAGGGGCAGGGC